AUGGAUGUUGCUGAUGAUUAUAGAUCAGAAAGAGAAGAAAUUCGUAAAGUACAAGGAAAAAAUUUUCCAUUUAGUUUUGGUGAUUAUGUUGUCAAAAUACUAAUGGGUCCUAUUGAUAAUUGGUUUGAUCCACUUGAUGAACGUCGUGUGACUGCCAGUCGUCCAUCAGAUCGACAUGCACAUAAAGGAAAAAAGAAAGACAUAUGCUCUAUUUCAUGA